AUGACCGUGGUGCCCGGAGAGAACCUGGAUGAGACGGUGGCACUGGCCGCGCUGUCCGUCCGGGACCGGUACGACCCGGAGCCGGCCGACAACCAGGACUGCUGCGAGCGGGUUGUCAUCAACGUCUCCGGGCUGCGCUUCGAGACGCAGCUGAAGACGCUCGCGCAGUUCCCGUGCACGCUGCUGGGGAACCCGCGCCGGAGGAUGCGCUUCUUCGACCCGCUGAGGAACGAGUACUUCUUCGACCGGAACCGACCCAGCUUCGACGCCAUCCUCUACUACUACCAGUCCGGGGGGCGGCUGCGCAGACCCGUCAACGUGCCCGUGGACAUCUUCAUGGAGGAGAUUAAAUUUUACGAACUUGGCGAAGAGGUGAUCGAGAAUUUCAAGGAGGACGAGGGCUUCAUCAAGGAGGAGGAGCGGCCGCUGCCGGAGAACGAGUUCCAGCGGCAGGUGUGGCUCCUGUUCGAGUACCCGGAGAGUUCCGGACCCGCGCGGGGCAUCGCCAUCGUGUCCGUGCUCGUGAUCCUCAUCUCCAUCGUGAUCUUCUGCCUGGAGACUUUACCGGAGUUCAGAGAGGAGGCGCGCGCGCUGGACGAGCACCUGCUGGUGAACGGGACCGCGCGCGCAAAGAAGCCGAACCCGUUCACGGACCCGUUCUUCAUCGUGGAGACUCUGUGCAUCAUCUGGUUCUCCUUCGAGCUGCUCGUGCGGUUCCUGGCGUGCCCGAGCAAACCCGCGUUCUUCAAGAACAUCAUGAACACCAUCGACAUCGUGGCCAUCAUGCCGUACUUCAUCACCCUGGGGCUGGAGCUGGCCGAGCACCAGGGCAACGGGCAGCAGGCCAUGUCCCUGGCCAUCCUGAGGGUCAUCCGCCUGGUGCGGGUCUUCAGGAUCUUCAAGCUCUCCAGACACUCCAAGGGGCUCCAGAUCCUGGGCCAGACCCUGAAGGCCAGCAUGCGGGAGCUGGGCCUGCUCAUCUUCUUCCUCUUCAUCGGGGUCAUCCUCUUCUCCAGCGCCGUGUACUUCGCGGAGACCGACGACCCGGAGUCGGGGUUCAGCAGCAUCCCGGACGCCUUCUGGUGGGCGGUGGUGUCCAUGACCACGGUGGGCUACGGAGACAUGUGUCCGGUGACCAUCGGGGGGAAGAUCGUGGGCUCGCUGUGCGCCAUCGCCGGGGUGCUCACCAUCGCGCUGCCGGUGCCGGUCAUCGUGUCCAACUUCAACUACUUCUACCACCGGGAGACGGAGCACGAGGAGCAGCUGCAGUACACGCACGUGACCUGCGGGCAGCGGCCGCCGCGGUUCGGGGAGUUCCAGAGGAGCUACCUGGGCAGCGAGGACGCGGACUCCAUCAAGUACACCAACUGCAGCCCGCACAAGGCGUGCACGGGCAAGCUCACCGACGUGUGA